AAUACUACGGAGUCGGAGAGUGGUGGUUGUUUACCUCCGAGCACAACACAGGAGCAGUGGGUGCUGGCGGUGCUCUGGACAAUAUUUUUGACCAAUUUUUACAAGUUAGUGAGCACUGGUGCCGCUUCCUCCGGGGUCGAAGGUCACAGGACGAGGUUCUACUGGCUGGCACCGCACAGGACCUGGCUGGACAUAAGGAUAUAGAGGAGUAACUUGGCUUGUUGGCUGCGUCAGGUGACCAGCUCCAGCGCUCUGACGAAGUUGAUGUGUGUGGAGUUUAUAGAAGUAAAUGAUGGCACCUCCACCAGGGAUCAAAAGUACCUUCAUAAUCCCAACUGAUCUGCUUGAUGACAUUGCAAGUCGAUUUCUGCUUGAUGCUCCAGAUUCUGAACUGGGGAAUCCCAUAUCCCUGUGCUUUCUGACAGAGUUGGCUUACUGGUUCUAUCUGGACGAGUACGCAGAGGAGGAUGACUCGCUCAACAACCUCAAGUUUGAUCCAUUUGCUCAGCAGCUUUUAAAUAGAGUUGGCUUCAAACCUCAGACUGGAACCAUAGAGGAUAUGCUGCAGGGGUUCCGUGAUUUUAAACAUCGGGUGCCAACAUAUGGCGGCCUCUUGCUCAACCAGGACCUCAGCCAGGUCCUACUGGUGCAGGGUUUCUGGCACCGUGCUUCAUGGGGUUUUCCAAAGGGCAAGAUCAAUGUUGAUGAGGAACCUCAUAACUGCGCCAUCAGAGAAGUACUUGAAGAAACUGGCUAUGACAUAUCUCCACUGAUUGACCCAAGUGGGUACUUGGAAACAUCUAUUGGGGAGCAGUUUGUGCGGCUUUACAUCAUUCCAGGCGUCUCCACUACUACAGAAUUUGUACCACGCACCAAAGGAGAGAUCAAGCAACUCAAAUGGUUCCCCAUCAGCCAGCUGCCAUCACAUAAGAAUGACCGCAACUUUAAUAAGGUCAAUGGCUCGACUAACAUGUUUUACAUGGUGAUGCCCUUUGUCAAACCGCUCAGAGAAUGGCUGGCCAACCGUCAGAGGGCAGCUGUGAAUGGAACUGGUAAUGGUGCAGGGAGGGAAGGGCGAAGGCGUCACCGCAGUUCCACAACUGCAGCUGACCACAACCAGAGCUACAGCCAGACAAGACAUAGCCAUUCACCUGCCACAACUUCCGACACUGCCAAACGACCACAGCCUACCCCAGACACCAGCAGAAAGCAACAAAGUACAGCCUUUUCUUCAUACAUACAGGAGGAAGCAGCAGGUUUUGAGAGAUUGCGCAUCAACACUGACAGCUCACCUCGCAGAAGAGAGGCUUCCACCAAGGCAAAAUCACGCAAAUCUUUAUUUGGAGAACAAGAAGAAAACCCAAAGUUUACCUUCAAGAGUAGAGGGAAGGGCCGCAGCAACAAAACCAACAGAGAGAAUCAGCCAGCAAGUAAUGGAAACAGCAGUAACGCAAUCACAUGGGAAACAAAGCCGAACUUCCGCUCAUAUUCUUGGCAGAGUUUUCACAUUAACAAAAAGGAAGUUAUGGAUGCAGUCGAAAGAGUAUGGAGUAGUUCAACACUGGGCUUGUAACUAUGAUAUUGAGCAGUACAAUGGAUUCACGAUUGGGGCUGGCUGUAAAUACUUGUCACCGUCAACUUUUGUUGAUAAAGUGAUAGUGGUAAUACUUAAUUUUUUAGUUGAUUACUGUGCUUUGGGGGGGAAUAUUGGACCAGAUAUUUGCAUAGCAUUCAGAGGCUCCUCUUCAGGAUGUCUUGUGUAAGUAUUUUAUUUUUUACUCCUUUUUUCAAUAACUAUGAAAUUGAAUUGAGCAAUUAUCUCAGUUUUACAGAGCAGCUGGGUGCUUAUACAUUAUAAUACUUUAUGGAUCUCAUAAAAUUAAAAUAAAUUACGUUCAGGAUCAUACCCUCAAAAAUAUUUAGCAAAAAAAUAUUAUCAUUAUUGAAUAUGUCUUUUGUACACUGUAUACUAAACCAUACAAAAUUUCCUGGUCACAAAAGUAACUUACAAAACUACUUUUGUGGACUUAUUAAAUGGCAUUACGUGUAUAUCACACCGAGAAUUGUAAUUCUCGGUGUGAUAUUACACCUUCAAGAUUCCUUGGAGGAUAAGGCGAAUUGAAAUGACUUGCUUUACAACGUGUGAAGCACCGUUAUUUGGUGAAGAUUUUGCCAUUCUAGUGUAGAUCAGCUAACUGAUAUUAUAGGCUAACAAAUAUGAAAGUCCUGCUCAGCACUAUAUAGAAUGAUGUGGAUAUAGAUAUGUUCACAUUUAUAAAGAUUUAUGUGCAGGGAAGCAGUUUACAAGCUCACGAGGUGUACACCUUAUUAGGUGACUAGGUGAGUACAGUUUAUAUGUACUGUACCUUAAUGUUGAUACACAAGAACAAUUCAUCCACUCAUAAGGUAUACAAUAUAUACGUACUAUACCUUAACAUAGAUACACAAGAACAGCGUGCCAGCUGAGAGGGUAUACAGUAUAUGCAUACUGUGCCUGAACAUUCAUACACAAGAAAAGUUUACCAGUUCACAAGAUAUACAGUAUACACAUACUGUACCUUAACACUGAUACACAAGAAGAGUUUACCAGCGCCUGAGGUACACAGUAUAUACAUACUGUACCUUAAAAUUGAUACAAAAGGAGAACAGUUUACCAGCUCCUGAGGUACACAGUAUAUACAUACUGUACCUUAACAUUGAUACACAUGGAGAACACUUCACCAGCUCAGGAGGUAUGGCUAGACAUUAAGCUUAUACAAGAGGAGGAGCGUUCUGAGAAUAAUGCUACAAUCUGCCCGCCUGUAAAUGCUGCUUGUGUAUUUACACACACACGUUGAUUAACUUAGCGGAUGAAGAAAUGGAGUUUCUUGGGUGUUGUAGCGAUACCUCGUAAUUGUUGGCCUCGGUUUCAAAACCAUUUAUUCCAUCUAAUUCCAGAUAACUAAAUAAUUGAUGCCCAAUUAUCAAGUGUGUUGUUUGAGAUUGAAAAAAAUAAGUACACUAUAAAUGUUUAUGACAAGCAGAUUGAAAAUAAUUUGAAAAUAUAUAUUUAUACUUAUGACAAUUUUGCUGGUGUGCUACCACUACCACUUCCAAAAAGAUCAUAUAAAACCAUGGAUUGGUUCGGUAUUUUUGCCUUGUGGACAGAUGAUACAAAGCUAUUUUUCCGAUAUUUUGGUAUGGUUGAUAUAUUUGUAAAAAAAAUUGGGCAAUAUAUGUAUAACCUCAAUUCCAAACUUGGGUAAGAAAAAAGCCUGAUUUAUCUACAGAGGCUAACCUGCUUAUAACACUUAUGCAUCUGCUUCCAUUAGUCAACAUAAAACAUCUAAAAAUGGUUCUAGAAAGAGCAAUUGUUGAAAGUUAUAAUACAAAUCAAUGUUAUGAAACCUCUAGGAAGAAAUCUCCAGGAAUACUAUUUAAGACUAAUAGAUUUUAUGCUGUAUUUCUGUAGUGGCUUCAUAACUUUGAUUUGUAAUGUAACUUUCAACAAUGAUUAUUACUGAACUUUAAAUACCACUCUGGAACUUAAUGAUCACUGAAACAGAAAGAAAAGCAUGGUUUACAAUAUUGUUGUAUAUGCAUUCUUUAAUGGAUGCAUUUCUAAUUGAACACUAUGUGUGCGUGUGUGUGUGUCUGUGCGAAUUCCAUUUAUUCAUUUCUCUGGCACUGAACAAAUAUGAUUUCUAAUGUCUGUGUCCCCCUUCGUUUGUGUGCCACUCAUGCCAAAUGGUCCAAACUUGUUUGCCCUAUCUAUUUCCCAAAUUGUUUGAAUAUAGUGAUCAUGUCUCCUCUGUUCUUCUCUCUUUCACUGAUGUGAGGUUUAAUUCCUUUAGUCUUCCUCGUAACUCAACUCUUGGCUCUGGAACUAGUUUGGUGGCAUACCUCUCACCAUUCUCCAGCUCUUUUUUUUUUUUUUUGUUUAUCAAGAUAUAAACUCUAUGCUGGUGCUGCAUAUUCCAAAAUUGGUCUGACAUGUAUGGUAUAUAAGGUCCUUAAAGAUGUUCUGAAUUCUGUAGAGUUGAUUACAGAUCCUUGUUUUCUACUUACUGGAUGAGAUUUUUAUUGCUUUUCCUUUUUUUCUCUCUCUCAACUCUAGUGUAUUAUUUUUGGGUCUCAUUAUUGCCUCCAUGUUCAUUUUUGAAUUUGCGUGCCUGUACCUUAUCUAUGUCUUUCUGGAGGGUCAGAAUGGUAGCUCCCUGUUUCUAGCUGAACCUAGAUUGCUCCACACAUGUAAGUCACAUCUGUCCUUGCGAGUCCUUUAAUUGUUUACUGGAGAUCAGAGGCCAAAACUUGGGCCCCUCAUAGGUGCAGGGAGUAAGGGAUUCAUCAAAGAAACCAAACAAAGUUUCUUUGUUUUACCAAAGAAACAAACCCCCAGAAAGAAAGUGAUACAAAAGAUAGAACUGCAAGGUUCACAGAAAGUAAACAAAGCAGCAACAAUUCAGCAAAUAAUACACAAAGUAGUUAUGUUAUACCCCUGCCCUUCCCUAGAAACAGCUGGCCACCACCAGAUGGCAGCAGCAGUAGCAGCUCUCCAUGUCAACAAUCAUUAGUUCGUAUCAGACAUGUCUGACAUGCUCUUUGAGUUACCAGCUCUUUACAUCCUAGUUAUUCCAGAUAAGUGUUGGCCAUCCUUUGAACUCUCUCCUAUGAGGGCCCAUUUGCUUGUGAGUUAUUUCAGUAUUUAGUAUUUGCUUCAUGUGCAUAUUUAUGAGCCUCGUUUGUUGUGUGAACUUUGGAAACUGCUCAGCUCGAGUUGUAUGUGCUUAGAACAGUCCUUUCCUGGCCACUCAUUGAUGUUGCCCCCUGCAAUGACAGUUAUUUCCCUGGUGAGUUUGGGUGUUCGUCACAUGGAGGGUGGCUUUCUGUGGAGGGUGCCUCACUUUGAGUGGUGCAAGUAAGUAAUUAUCAAAAAGAAGGCACUAAGCUGGGAAGGCUAUGUAUCACCAUCAAAUGUGUAGGAUAUUCAAAAGGUGCUAAAUAUCACUAAGAAUGCCAAUAUGAAAACAAAAGUGCAUAAGGUGAACAAGAUCAAAGGUAUCUGAUUCACCAAGGAUUCUAUCAAGAGACAAGUGACCUCUAGGGACAGUCGGGAAGCAAGACAUGCAUACAUCCUUGAAGUCAGGACAUUCAACAAGGAUAUGCAUAACUGUAAGAGGGACAAUGCAGUCUGGGCAAAAGGAGAAUGGCUGCGCUCCAUUAAAUGCACGUGAGUUAAACGGGAAUGGCCAAUGAGGAACCUUGGUAGAGUUGUUUUCCACCACCGGUUAUGGUAGUAGGAGGAAGGCCACGGGGACACACUACUCGUAAGAGCAACAGAGCAUCAGUAACAAGACCAACGACCCUGCAAACUGGCAAGGAUUGAGGAAUGAAUAACCGGGUAGAAGUCGGAAUAAGGAACACCUUUACAGGAGAUGAGACAGGUGUGGAUAGCCUCCUUAGUGGUAGAGUCCGUACGCUCAUUUAAAAAAAACACCAAUAUGACUGGGAACCCAGCAAAACUAUAGUCUUGAGCCUGCUGGAUAUAAGAAACAGUCUAAUGUUGAAUUUUGACUACCACAGGAUGGACUGGAUUAAAGGACUACAGAGCCAUGAGGGCACUGCGAGUCAACUACAACAACAGAAGAAGAUUUACAGCGAGAAAGCAGUUGACGAAGAGCAUACAAAAUAACAAAGUUCUGGCGUAAAGAUGCUAGUCUCUGGAGGCAGGCGACACAUAUAGGUGUGGUCAGGAGAAUCAACAGUUCAAUGGUCUUGACUCCUCAGCAAAGCUCUGAGGUUGAGGGCAUUCUGGAGUACAGUAGUUGAUUAUGGGGUGCACUAGGGUUCAUGUCUUUGCACAUAUGGCCACUGAUGCUCUUCACAGCUGCAUUUCUCCUUUGAGCUGUAUAUGGUGUGAGUUCAUCCAGUGCGCAUUCCUAGUGCCUGGGUGUCCUGCUUAGUGUUUACCUUCCAGACAAGCCUUGCAGGUCUUUGGUGUGGAUCAUCAUUGAUCAUUCCACUGAGCCUGCCCUCAAUUCUAGAGGGAUGUCCAUUGGUUUUGCUGCUUGUUCCUCUCCUUUGCGAGGUGUUUGUGGACUAUUACUGACUUGUCUCAUGUUUCAGGAUGGCAUAUUUACCCAGUCUUUGUUCGGAUGUGGGCCUCGCCUGUGGUUGGUUGAGGCAGGCAUCCGUUAGAAUUGGAUUUUUGGGCAGAGUGCCUUCUUCAGUUUUCGGCUUUUCUAUUCACUCAUUUUUGGGCAUCGCGAAAGGAUGCUUCUGGUCGAGAGUUUUUGCAAUGGCACUUUCGCAGUUCGUAUUUUUGCCAGCACCUGGGGAAGGAAGCGGCAGGGAAAAUGGCUCUUUUGCCAGGACCUACAAUACAAAGGACUUCAGGGUUCUCUUCCUGUGGAUUUUCCACUGAAUCCACAGGAAAUCUGGAGGCUUCUACUGACACCAGUCCAAAUUCUACAUAUACAGUAUAACCCCCAUGCACUCAGGUGUAGGCUAAGUAGUUCAUCAACCAUAUGCUCCAGCUUCAAAUGCACAAAGAAGUCAUGUUAACAUGAUAUAUAUCAAUGAGAAUAUCAGUUGGAGCACUGAAUCCAUUUCUUGUGAAUUCAGUGGAAUCCCAGGUUGUAUAACUUAUCAUGUCAUGAUACAGGGGGUAAGGUGCAUAGCUGGGAGUACCCUGACCACUGGUUUGAGUCGCCUCACUGCUCCAGCUCAAUUUUUCAUUGAUAUAUAUCACGUUAUUGUGAUUUCUUUGGGUAUCUGAAGCUGUAAUGUACAGUUGAUGAACUACAGUAUUUCGCUACACCAGAGUGCAUGAGGAACUGUUAAACUUGGACUGGCUUCAGUAGAAGCCUCCAGACUUCCUGUGGAUUCAGUAAAAUCCCAGGUUAUAUAACUUACACUAUGUUAUAAUACUGUACAGGGGUAAGGUGAGUGGCUGGCCAUACUGAUUGCUGGUUCUAUUCACCUCAGUGCUCCAAUAUAUAUAUCACAUAAGUGUGAUUUCUUUGUGUGCGUGUGUGUUUUCAUCAUUUUUAUAUUUCUUUCAAGCAUUGGCUUGUUUUAUUUUGAUUACAUUUUUUAUUGUUUUCAUCUUUUGAGGUGAUCUCUGAUCUUCAGGCCUCCUUCGAAGAAAAAAGAACCAGAUUCGGGUAAUUAUUUUUGGUAAGUCAAUGUGGGGCUCAGAGACUUAGUAUGAUCUGGUGUAAGAUCUUGGCACUACUGAAAAGCCUACCAGAAAGGGGGUGUUUUUUAUAUUAAAUCCUUGAUUUUUAUAUGGUAUUUAUAUAUUUCAUCUCAUUCAUUGUCUUUCCUUUAGGUCUUUUUCUGGGGAAGGGGGAGCCCUGUCGGCUCUAUCCAGCUGUAUCCUCGGAGCUAUCCAGGUUGAUAUGGAUAUAUUAGCUUUUUGGCAUCAGUCACUGUGCAUGGAGUUCUUGCUUACGAAGGACCACGAGCCAGAACUUGG